UGCGUGCUGUGCGUUUACCUCAGUGAGCCACAUUUAAGAAAUAGAUCAAGAAGUAUAUUUCGCUUCACCCACAGGCUGGACAUAUUGUUGACCGGGGGCUUUUAUUACGACGAAACGAGUCCAGUUGCACUUACAUAUGCUAGAAUAUGAUUGAUCGAUCUUUUCUCAGUGCUUUUAUAUAGCCUAGAUUUGUUCAUUCGUUCUGGACUAAGACCAGCUGAAAUACCUUCAUAUAGCCUAAGACAUUCACGCCGUUGAGAGAAAUCUCCAGGAUCUUCAGUGGACAAGGCACCCACCUUUUGCACGACUGGGAAUAUCACUGAAAUGCGGACUGGACUGGCAUUUUAUGAAUUUCACUGAAACUGGAAUCUGUGUGGGUUCAGUUGGAUAUGUGUAUGGACAUAAAUGCAGAUCAAUGAGGCAUCCUAACUUGAGCUAAAUAUUUGGAUUGAUUUGGGUACGAGCAAUGUUGUUAUAAACUCACAUGUAGCCUAUUCCAUGUGAACGAAUCGUGAUACCGAGACCAUUUAUUUUUACUUGGAUCCUUUCUUAUAAUUUCUUUCUUUCGUUCACAAGUUGAGGACCUUCCGGCGGACAUUUAUAUUUGUACCGAAUCUUUUUCUCUCACCGACUCAAAAUGGGCGGUUUACCUAUCUUUUACUCUGAACAACGCAAAUAUUCAUGUUGAUGCCAUGUUUUUCGUUUGCAAUGUUUUCACGUUCGUUAUUUAAAUAUUUGUUUACCUUUUAUGCAAAUGUUUCUUCAUUAAACCCACGCCAGACAUGGCUGACCUGAUAAGAUUUAAUUAAAGUAAAAGGAAGUUAUUAACUGCAAAAUAAGUAAGUCGGAUUAAUUGCAUCGCAGAUAUCACAUUUUCGUUUAUUUUAAAGGAUAUUUAAAAGACUGUUAUUUUAAUUUUUUUCCACUCGACUUAUUGGAGAUUUUAUUAAUUUUUUUACGUCGUGCUGAAUGAACGUAGGCUGCUUAAAUGUUAAUAAAUGGCCAUGCGAAUAAGCGCGUGAACGCAGACAUCAACAGGUAUAUGCAUUCAAAGGACAUGGAUUUGGUACACAUGUUUUUGUGCUUUUUCUUGUGUUGGACUGGAGUCGAUGCUGUUUUCAAUUUGAAGUAUACAGUGGAAGAAGAGCUGCGUGCAGGGACAAAGAUAGCCAACGUGUCGGCAGACGCAAAAGUUGCGGGUUUUGUACUGGGAAACCGACAGCCUUAUUUGCGGGUCAUCUCCAAUUCUGAGCCGCGAUGGGUUAAUCUGAGCCCCGCCGGACUGCUCAUCACAAAGCAAAAAAUUGAUCGGGACGCUGUUUGCCGACAGACACCGAAGUGUUUUAUCUCGUUGGAGGUGAUGUCGAACUCGAUGGAGAUCUGCGUGAUUAAAAUUGAGAUUAUCGACGUCAACGACAACGCGCCCCGCUUCCCCACCAACCACAUUAACAUAGAAAUCUCGGAAAACGCCGCUCCCGGUACCAGAUUUCCCCUAGAGGGGGCAAGCGAUCUGGACUCGGGUAGCAACGGCAUCCAAAUUUACACCAUUACCCCCAAUGAUAUUUUUGGUCUCGAGAUUAAGUCGAGGGGAGACGGCUCCAAGAUUGCAGAGCUUGUGGUGGAAAAAACUUUAGACAGAGAAACGCAGUCGCGUUACACGUUUGAGCUCACAGCUGAGGAUGGUGGUGAUCCCCCAAAGUCUGGGACCGUGCAACUUAACAUCAAAGUCAUAGACUCAAAUGACAACAACCCCGUUUUCGACGAGCCAGCAUACACUGUAAACGUGCUGGAGAAUUCGCCCAUUAACACAUUAGUCAUUGAUUUGAAUGCUACGGACCCAGACGAAGGAACCAAUGGCGAGGUGGUUUACUCAUUCAUAAACAUUGUCUCCAACCUGACCAAACAGAUGUUUAAAAUUGACCCCAAAACAGGUGUUAUAACUGUGAACGGCGUUUUGGACCACGAAGAAUUGCACGUCCACGAAAUAGAUGUUCAAGCCAAAGAUCUGGGUCCAAACUCGAUCCCUGCCCACUGCAAAGUGAUUGUCAAUGUCAUAGACGUCAAUGACAACGCACCAGAAAUCAAACUAUUGUCAGAAAACAGUGAGAUGGUAGAGGUCAGUGAGAAUGCACCUCUAGGAUAUGUAAUAGCACUGGUGAGAGUCUCAGACAACGAUUCGGGAGCGAAUGGAAAAGUGCAGUGCAGACUGCAGGGAAAUGUGCCUUUCAGACUCAAUGAGUUCGAGAGCUUCUCCACCUUACUUGUUGAUGGCCGCCUGGAUAGGGAGCAGAGAGAUAUGUAUAAUUUGACAAUUCUCGCCGAGGACAACGGAAAUCCCCCGCUUAGAAGCUCAAAAUCGUUUGCCGUGAAAGUAACGGAUGAAAACGACAACCCCCCGUACUUCACGAAACCACAUUAUCAAGCAAUGGUCCUCGAAAAUAAUGUCCCUGGUGCGUUUCUGCUGGCGGUGUCCGCUAGGGACCCUGACCUGGGCAUGAACGGCACAGUGUCGUACGAAAUCAUCAAAUCGGAGGUGCGGGGGAUGUCUGUGGAAUCUUACGUGACCGUCAACUCCAACGGUGAAAUAUACGGUGUCAGGGCUUUUAAUCACGAAGAUACGAGGACCUUUGAGUUUAAAGUCUCGGCAAAGGAUGGGGGAGAUCCCCCGUUGACCAGCAACGCCACCGUGCGCAUUGUCGUACUGGAUGUAAAUGACAACACACCUGUGAUGACAACCCCGCCUCUGGUCAACGGCACAGCCGAGGUGUCCAUACCCAAAAAUGCUGGAGUUGGUUAUUUGGUUACUCAAAUAAAAGCCGAUGAUUACGAUGAGGGGGAAAAUGGAAGGUUAACAUAUUCCAUAUCAGAGGGAGACAUGGCAUACUUUGAAAUAGACCAGAUAAACGGAGAGGUGCGAACCACAAAGACAUUUGGGGAGAACGCGAAACCGUCGUACCAAAUAACAGUAGUGGCGCACGACCACGGCCAAACUUCCUUAUCCGCCUCUGCCUAUAUUGUCAUUUAUCUCUCCCCUGAUCUGAAUGCCCAGGAGCAAAUAGGACCCGUCAACCUGUCGCUCAUUUUCAUCAUCGCCUUGGGCUCUAUUGCUGUGAUCCUGUUUGUCACAAUGAUCUUUGUGGCAGUCAAGUGCAAAAGGGAUAACAAGGAAAUCCGAACAUACAAUUGCAGUUUCUUGUACCUGCGCAGGGUGGCGGAGUACUCCUACGGCAACCAGAAGAAGUCCAGCAAGAAGAAGAAGCUGAGCAAGAAUGACAUCCGGCUGGUGCCGCAGGACGUGGAGGAGACGGACAAGAUGAAUGUGGUGAGUUGCUCGUCUCUCACCUCUUCGCUCAACUACUUCGACUACCACCAGCAGACUCUGCCGCUGGGCUGCAGGCGCUCCGAGAGCACCUUCCUCAACGUGGAGAACCAGAACUCCAGGAAUGCUGCACCCAACCAUGGCUACCACCAUACCUUCACUGGGCAGGGCCCUCAGCAGCCUGACCUCAUCAUCAACGGCAUGCCACUGCCUGAGACGGAGAAUUAUUCCAUUGACUCCAGUUAUGUAAACAGCAGAGCACACCUAAUUAAAAGCACAUCAACAUUCAAGGACAUGGAAGGAAACAGCCUAAAGGACAGCGGGCAUGAGGAGAGCGACCAAACUGACAGCGAACAUGAUGUUCAGAGAGGGCACUACGUGGACACUGCUGUCAAUGAUGUACUGAAUAUGACCGUACCUCCCAACAACUCACAGUUACCAGACCAGGAUCAGUCUGAGGGGUUUCACUGCCAAGAUGAGUGUCGUAUCCUGGGCCACUCAGACCGCUGCUGGAUGCCUCGAGUGCCGAUACCAGCCAGAGCGAAGUCUCCCGAACACUGCCGCAAUGUUAUUGCUUUGUCCAUUGAGGCCACUACCGUAGAUGUACCUCACUAUGAGGACUGUGGCACCACCAAAAGGACUUUUGCUACCUUUGGCAAAGAUGGGCCUGACGAGGAGCGGGGCGAACAGAGGGCCAGGCGGCAAACGGCAGAGCCGGCCGUCUGCAGCCCCAAGACCAAUGGUGCCGUCCGUGAGGCUGGAAACGGUCGAGAGGCUGUCAGCCCCAUCACCUCUCCUGUGCACCUGAAAAGCCCCCAGUCCAAGCCGCCCUCCACCUACAACACGCUGAAGUGCCGAGACGCAGAGCGCAUAGCCAACCACAGCCUGCUACGGCAGCCGGAGGGAAAGGACAGUGAGCCAGCAAUGCGGGAGAUUAAUACGCUUCUGCAGGAUGGCCGUGAGAAAGAGUCCCCCGGCAGUAAACGCUUGAAGGACAUUGUGCUUUAACUGGCUCUCACGUAUACACAAAAAACAUACAAUACUCUUAGUGUGUGUUACAGUGUGUAUGUGUCUAUUUAUUUGCUUUUGAAAGUGUCAAGCUGAAUGAGCCAUGGAAGGAAAACACAUCUGCAGCACUCAAGCAACGCAUUCUCAAGAGGACGCAGUAAUCCAGUGACUGAACAAACUAGGAUGAAAAUGUGUCUGCGAGCUCAGACUGUCAUUGUAUCUUGGUAGUAAGAGAAGUAUGUAUGUUUGUCACAACUGUCUGUCCGCAGCGGACAGGCUGGUUACUGUGUGCUGCGUGACAAGCUCAACCCCGCCCUCGCGUCUUACCCUUAAUGGUGAAAGACCUUCCAGUGCACCGCUGGUGACACCUGAGUACAGUCAUGCCUUGUAGACUCGAAAGAGACUUCUUUCUUAUAAUGCCUUCUUUGGUAUGCAGUUUUUGCUUCAGCUGCCAAACCGCUCACUGUUCCUGAAGAGGACGUGGGUCUGUCCACUGCUACAGAUGUUGACUUACAUUAGCAGGACUUUUUCAGUAUGAUACACUGUCCAACUGCGCUCCAACAUUAUCUGAUUGCGGGAGAGCCCACAGGAAUGCUUCCGCAAAUCUCAUUUAAUUUCAGUGGCUUCUCACUGUUCUGAUAAGACAAGCCUUCUCUGUUUCUCUCAAGACAUUCUGAUGUCAGAAAACAGUGAGGUUGUUACAGUGCAUAUUUUUUAUCACAGAUGGAGCUAAAUUAAGUUGUGCUAUCAGCUCGAGCUCACUGAAAAACUGGAAUAGGGAGAGACCGAUCCCCUAGACUUCAACCCAGAUAUAUAUAUAUAUAUAUAUAUAUAUAUAUAUGAAUAUAAGAGGUGAAAAAUAAGACUUGUUGCUUUUGAAAUCUCCUGUGCCCUUUCCUGAUUGUAGCCAGUGGAGUGCAGUUUACUAGAACUUCGUGCUCUGGUCUUGUACUUUUUUGGAUUUUGACUAUGGGGCUAGCAUAGAAGGGGUCUUCACUUACGUCUUGCUAUGUGAAACUCAGUUUAGGGUUUACUAUUAUCAUUUUUAAUAAUCUGUUGUUAUGUGACAAUCCCUUUAAUGUUUUUGUUGCGAAAGUAAAAACUGAAAAAAUAAACAUUGGUGUUUAACUAAAGCUACAGUAGCGUUUGUACACAAACACAAAAAGGAAAAAAUUUAAAAAAACAUAUAUGCCAAAAUAUAUUUUAUAAAUAAUUUAAAAUGUAUAAUGAGAAUAUUUAAUGCUGUGUAGUUAUUUUAUCGGUAAGUAAUACUUGAAAUUAACUGGCUUUUUUUUUCUUUAUUUUUCCCCUUUUUAUUGACAAUGUUAUUACUUUUUCAUUUCAAAUUGAUCUUUAAGUUUUGUUCACCGUGUUACCCCUGGCAACUGUUGAUUGCAGUCUACCUUGUUGUAAAAGAGUUUCUUAUUGGUCAGUUUGUGUGCCAUCAAGUUUCUAUGUGGGCAAAAAAACGAAAAAUAAUAAUAAUAAAAAAAAAUUAUAAAAAAAUAAAAAUAAAAAAAUUAUAAUAAUCUACACCAACAAUAGUGUGUCAGUACAAUGAGCUUAGAGUGAGAUAGCAAAACAAACCAAAAAAUAAAUAAUUAAAACCUGCGCCAAACAUUACAUUUUCAAGAUAACAGGUUGUUGUUUAAUCUUAAUACUCAAGUAAGGGUAAGGAGUAAUACUAUCAUUUCCAGUCAUUUGAGGCAAUUCCACUAAUUUCUGAAGUAAUGUGUUUGAGAAGCACUCACACUAGCAUCUGCUCGGUGGAUAUAAGUUACAUGUAAAGCAAACCCUCCUGUUAAAGAUACAGGUGCUCUGCUAUCUAUCAUCAAGUACAGCCAUCUUUACAUCCAUUUUUCAAACUAGAAUGCUGCACUAAGCCCAACAAACAGAUUUGUUUUUCAGCAAACACGACAAAACAGAUUUGGUGGAAUUGCCAUAGUGCAAGAUGGAAAUUCUUGGGAGAUAUUGCAAAAUCAGCACCCCCAUAGGGGAUUUAUCGGUUGCU